AUGAUCAGAGAUGUAAACUUGCCUCCAAAGAGAAAGAACCAACCUAAGUUUAAAUUCAUAAAUGCUUUGAUAGGUGAGCCUAAUUUUAUGGGUGUGGUGAGUAGUAGAUGGAAUGUUGAGAUAGAGGGGAGACCAAUACAGAAACUGUGGAGUAAGUUGAAAAGGCUCCAACCAAUCUUUAGAGGAAUGGGCAGAAAGGUUAGUAGAAGUGCCCAAAAGAUCCAAGAGUACAAAGACAAGCUAGACCAUGUGCAACAGAAGCUGAAUAGUGAUAUGUUUAACCCUAAACUUAUUAAUGAAUUCAAGCAUUGGACCGAAGAGCUUCUCAAUAGCACUAAUAUGGAGGAAAAAUCUCUGAUGCAAAAUUACAAAGUCGAUUGGUUAAGGCUUGGAGAUGGCAAUAAUGCUUACUUCCAUGCCAUUAUGAAGGAGAAAAACAAACAAAAUGGAUUGCAUAGACUGGAAAAUAAUCAGGGUAAAAUUUUGGAUGAGUUUAAAGAUAUUGAACAGGAGAUUAUCCAAUUCUAUCAGAAGAUGAUUGGGACUAAUACUCAGACUCUCAUGCAUGUGGAUAUUAAAGACUUGAGAAGAGGGGCCCAAUUAGAAGAGAAUCAUAGAGAGAAACUUAUCCAACAAGUAUCUGAACAUGAAAUUUUGCAAUCCCUGAAAUUCAUAGGGGAGUCAAAAGCACCAGGUAUGGAUGGAUUCACUUCAAAAUUAUUCAAAGCAACUUGGAGUAUUAUAAAAAAAUAUCUAAUUAAAGUUGUGCUAGAUUUGUUUGAUGAUAAGUACAUGUAUGAUGCCGUCAACUACGCAAUUGUUACUCUUAUCCCAAAAUCUACUGAGGCAAAGAAAAUGAAGGAUAUGAGGCUCAUAGCUUCCUGCUCAACUGUGUAUAAAAUAAUCUCUAAGAUCCUCACAAACAGGUUAAGCAAAGUCAUCAAUUCAUCAAUCAACUUUCUUUCCUGGGAAAGUGAUUCAAGUUAG